AGGGCCGGUCCGGCAGCUAGCCCGCCGCCCGCGCCCCGCCGCAGUCCCGCGCCCACCCCGCACCCGCCAUGUCCGAGAUCCUGCCCUACAGUGAGGACAAGAUGGGCCGCUUCGGCGCCGACCCCGAGGGCUCUGACCUCUCCUUCAGCUGCCGCCUGCAGGACACCAACUCCUUCUUCGCGGGCAACCAAGCCAAGCGACCCCCCAAGCUGGGCCAGAUCGGCCGAGCCAAGAGAGUGGUGAUCGAGGAUGACCGGAUAGACGACGUGCUGAAAGGGAUGGGGGAGAAGCCGCCGUCCGGAGUGUAGACGCGCCGGCUCAGGCGGCGGGCUCCGGGCCCAGCCCCGCGGCGGCCAGGACCGCGGGCCGGCGAUGCGGCUGCCGGCGCCCCCAGCCCCGGCCCAGGCGCCCGCGGGCGGGGGCUGCAGGGCCGCGCCGCUUUCGGGUCAUAGUUGCUGCCGCCGCCGUCAGGCACUCCGGAGCUGUCCGCUUCAGCACCACGGCGGCGGCGGUAGCUGCGGCGCGGACCGGCCUGGAGCCCGCCGCCGCGCUCAUGCACUUUAGAACCUCGGGCCGCAGCCCCACCCCGCACACCGGAACGGACAGAGACCCGCGGCCCUCAGCCCCGGCCCGUCCCCUCCCGCACGGCUCCCCUGCCCCGCCCCUCUGAGGCAGGUCCGGUCCGCAGACCGGCUGCCUGCCGGUGUCGGACCUCGCACGCGGCCAGGGAUGUUUGGCUGCACAUUUGCAUGAGCUUCCCACCCACCUGAGCCCAGCCCUCUAGGCCGCUCCUCACCCUCCACCCCUGUCUGGCGUGACCCCAGCCUCAGCCUCUUUCUAAGGGACUUCCUCAGCACAUUUGUAUUUUUAUAUCCGACUCUUUGUUUACUGAUUCCCCUCGUGGUUCAUGCCCUCCCCCCAUGGUCUCGGCCACGCUCUUCUGCGCCUGGCAGAUAGGAUGGGUGUUGAGGCUGGGAUGGGACAAGCCCGCAACAUGGUAACCAACCAUAUGGCCAGUCUGCCCAUGCCUGACCCCAGGCAGCUCUCUGGCAGACCCCUCCCCUCAAGGUAUCACCUUCCAAGGGCCCAGGUCUGAUUUUACCUUGGACCCCUGCGUCCUGCCCCUGGGAAUCCAAAUGGGGGCUGCAUUGCAUCUUUGGAUGACACCUGUAGCCCUAGCCCUGGAGAUAUUCUCAACCCCAGGGAUGUCCUUUGUAAAUGUUCCUCCUUCCUCACUGUACCAGGAGUGUGUGAAUAAACACAGACCCCCC